CUGCGAGUGUAUAACGCCGUACAGGAACCAUGUUUUCAGCUCAUCGGUGCACGCGAGCCUGUAAAGCCUAAAUAAAGAUAGAAGACGAGCGGGAAUGAGCGCUUCUCUGGUUGUGAAAGAUGGCGGUGCCACAGAGGAUCUUAAACUCCACCCGGCCGUUCUCCAUGUCCAUGAACCAGCCGAAACUUAAGGACCUCGACUGCAUCCCCUCCAUCCCCGAGCCUCAGUCAGCCAUCUCCGCCGUAAAGGUCCACAAGCAGAAUGAGCAGACAGACUUCACCAACUAUUUAUGGAAGAUCAUCUCUCAUGGAACUGCCAAGCAUGUAGGCACGGGGCCUCUGGGCACAGAGAAACCCUCCAUCAUCGCCCAGGCAGAGUGUGAAUCUCAGGACUCGCAGGAAUUCUGUCCCAACAGCAGACACAAAAAUGCCACAUACAGCUUCAGUGCUGGAUUCAGCAUCACCCAGGGCUCGGUCUCCCGCCACCAGCCGAGGAAAAAACGACGGAAGAGACAGCGCAGACGGGAGACAGACGCCCAGCAGAGGAAUGAAGGCAGUGACAGAGUGAGAGAGAGACGACUUUCCAGAGUGCCAGAACAGGACAGUGAAGAGUCUGAAGAGCUGAGCUACAGCAGCAGUCUGAGCAGAACCACCAGCACAGAGAGUCUGUCCGUCCAGGAAACGACCCCAGAAAGCCAGUGCCUCUCGGGCAGCGAGGAGCCAGACUCGCCCCUGAUCAGCGAGGCUCAGUGCAGCCUGGCUCUGACGGGUCUCAGGAGGAACGUCACGUCGUCCGAGCGCUCCUACGCCUCGUCUUUCGUCAAACAGAUGGUCCGGGACUGGAAGGACAAAGAGGAAGAGGAGCAGAGCGAAGAAGAGAGAGAAACGAGUGACACAAACGAGGGAAUUUUUUUUAAAGAGGAACUGCAGCCCAGAGACUAUGAAUAUCGGGAGGGAAGGGAGUACGAGGUCUGUAAUUUCAUCAAACAGGGCUCGUACGGGGACGUCUACAGCAUCCGAGACAAAUCCAGCGGCUUCGUAUGCGCUGCCAAAAAGGUGCCAUUGGGAAGUUUCAACAGUGAGGAGGUGGGCUCGUGGAGUGCCCUUCUUAAUCCUCACGUGGUGGAACUGUUCGGUUUUGUCCGGGAAGGUCCCAUCAUCGUGCUUUUCAUGGAUCUUAAACCUGGCUCUCUGGGGCAGCUGUUGGCAGAACGGGGUCGUCUGCCGGAGGAUCUCUCCCUGCACUACAUGCAGCAGGUUCUGGGGGCGCUGGAGCACCUUCACAAAAGACGUGUCCUACACCUGGACAUUAAGGUGGACAAUGUGCUGCUGUCUGAAGAUGGAAAAGACACAUUCCUGUGUGACUUCGGUCAGUCGGAGCGAUCAGACCAGUACGGAUUCUGUUCUUUACAGGAUAUGAAAGGGACCGAGACCCACAUGGCUCCUGAAGUGGCCAGCAGCGGGAAACUGUGCACCAAGGCGGACGUGUGGAGCAGCUGUUGCAUGCUGUUACACAUGCUGAAUGGCUGCCAGCCGUGGACCCGCUACUACUCACGGCCCCUGUACCUGAAAAUAGCCGAAGAGCCGCCGCCACUGAGAGAGAUACCGCCUCACUGCAGCGCCCGUACUGCUGGUGUCAUCAAACGGGGGCUGCAGAAGGACCCGAGCCAAAGAGCCUCAGCUAAGGAUCUCAGAAUUCAGACGGCCAAAGCACUUAAAGAACUGGGAGGUCUCUGCAGCCCCGCACGGGGAGGAACCUAUCAGAAACCAGCUGGAAAGCCAGAGAGAUCAGAGCCCACCCUCUUCUCCCAAAGCUCUGUGCAGCAGUGGAUGGGCCCAGGGCUGGAACAGAGAGAGGGGGCUGGACUGCCAGCUGUGGUCAAGCACAAGGGAAACGUAGAAGAGGUGGAUACUGAGAAAGAUAAGGAAGAAGAGAUCAUGAAGCGAAACAAGAGUCCUUCAUCCUCAGCGCUCUACAUCCACCCACCGCUUCCUGACCUGCACAAACCCACUGAGCAGGAGCUCCGCAAGCUCGAGAGAGAUUUCUUCCUGAGCAGUUUGUCUCAGCCUCAUUCAGUUGAACUGCAGGAGCAGCUUCUGUCCUGCCUGGGCAGUGAUUGUCCGUCCACCAGAGAGCCAGCCGACAAGAAGGACUCGGGUCGGUGGUCGGUUGGCUUUGGAGACGACCUCAGCUCGGGCGUGUUCUCUUACAACAGCCAAUCAGAACAGAGCUUCAGCAUGGACUGGCUGGUACCCGCCCACCAGCCCACACCUCGCUGCUUUGAGGGUGUGGACGUUUGCAUCAGGGACUUCAACGGCCGGUGUUUCCGUAUCCGUGAAACGCCCCGAGUAAAUGUGGGACACAUCGCCAGAGGAAUCAGCGAUCAGAUCUCGGAAAGUGUGUUCAGUCUGCAGAGCGAGGACGGUUCUCUGGUGUCCCACGAUAUACAAGUACAGGAAACUGGCCUCUUCCUGCGCUGUGUUCAGGCCCCUGACUGCACCCACACCCCUCUGCACAGACACGGCUCCUGCUGCAAAACACCCUGGAGCUGGAGAAUUAAAGACGGGGUGCUGGAGACCAGGGUCUGACGUCGUUACACAUUCCUUGUUUGCACUAUUUUUAAAGCUGCUUUUAUUUACUAUGUGCCAGUGUAUUUUAAUCUGCUUUUACAAGACAGAUGUUUUUUAUGCUUUUAUGGUGUUUUAUUGAUGACAGGUUGUGUGUUCUCAUUUCUAUUUCCUGUACACACAAGUGCCAUGUGUUUUGCCAUGUAUUUGCAGUUGCAUGACCAUGUCAGAUACAUUUUUCUCUUGCCACCAGCAUGUCUGUCUGCAGCUGUAUCAUUGUACCAAUAAAAGCAGUGAUUUUACCACGCCAA